GCAGGAGCCUUCGCCGCUUUCACGGUCGAUCUUCUCGUUUAUCCCCUAGAUACUGUUAAGACUCGAUUCCAAAGUCCGGAUUACAAGAAGAUCUACUACGAUGCAUCCAAGAAUGCUAUCAACCGACGGCUUCUCUUGAGAGGCCUCUACCAAGGCGUGGGGAGCGUUAUUUUGAUUACUAUUCCAUCAUCAGGAGCAUUCUUUACCAGCUAUGAGGCAGUGAAGGGGCUGUUGUCGAGAGCGAACCCUACUCUGAGUGGAUCGAGUUCUCCUCUGAUUCCGCUGCCCUUUAUUCAUAGUGCAGCUUCAGCAACUGCUGAACUUGUAUCGUGCUUCAUUCUUACGCCCGCCGAAGUUUUGAAGCAAAAUGCUCAAAUGAUUCGCCGGCCGACACAAUCCUCCACAUCCAAAGCCUCAACAUUUCUCCAGCCAUCAGCGACUAUCCAUGCUUUGAAGCAAUUCAAGACCCCUUCACAACUGUGGAGGGGUUAUACAGCAUUAGCAGCUCGCAAUUUGCCUUUUACAGCCAUGCAGUUUCCUAUGUUUGAGCACAUGAAAGAGGUCAUCAAAGAUCAUAGGAAGAAAAGCGGCACGUACACUGGAGGCUUAGGCGAAACUGCGUUGACAACUGCAGUCAGUGCUGGCAGUGCCGGUUCCAUUGCUGCCGUUUUGACUACACCCGUUGAUGUUGUGAAAACACGCAUCAUGUUAUCAGCCACGACUGCAGCUUCGGAGAAGGAUGCAAUGGAAGAGGUCGCGAGGGCCAGGAAUGAAGGCCAGUCCCUGGAUAAAUUGGCAAGCCACAAAGGUGUCACCAAGAAAAGUAGCUUUACCGUCGCACGCGAGGUAUUGAAUGAAAGCGGGGUGAAAGGAUUGUUUCGAGGGGGUAUACUGCGAGCCGCCUGGACGGCAUUAGGAAGCGGCCUUUAUCUUGGGGUGUACGAGAGUGGUCGAGCUUGGCUCGGGGAUCGACAUGCGAGCUCUGGAGAAAAUGCGUGA